CUGAAUGUGAGAUAAUAUUUGAUAAUAUUCAACGAAACGAACAUUUAAUCUAUUAUGUAUGAGAAUACGUAUCAUUUUGGAUUUGCAUUCCUGUUUAUUGGUUUGAUAGGCUUAUGGUUACACAUCAAGAAUAUUUCACGUUUAAUAAAGAUCAAUGCAAUUUUACCAAAAAGUUUGACAAAAUUUCAUUAUCAUUUGACUGCUGCUUGUUUGGGUUGUAUUGCAAUGACACCGUUUAGUGCCAUUGGUGCUUUUCAAAAGAGAUGGCCUUUCGGUAAUUUUGGAUGUCAGCUGUACUCAUUUAUUGGAAUGUUUUUUGGAAUGGCAUCAAUUUAUUUCUCUUGUUUUAUUUGUCUCUUCACUAUGAUUGAAAUAUUGAAUUUAACUAGCGUUCGUGAUUUCAUAUCUAAGCCAUAUAAUCACAUUCCUUUUGGAAUUUGGAUGUUGAGUGGGUUGUGGGCGAUUCUACCGCUGUUGGGAUAUGGCAGAUAUGCAUUAGAACCGCAUAAAACAUCAUGUUUACUUGAUUGGAAUAAUAUGGAUGAAAAUAUGAAAUUGUACAUGUUUUCAUUAUUUACAUUUGGUUAUAUACUUCCAUUCGGUAUCGGUAUUUGGUCACAAUAUCAACUAGUUCAAUAUGGAGUGAUAGAUGUUAAUCAAAAUGUUAAAAACAUAGAGAAAAUUGAAAUUCUUACAAAAUUGAACAAUUCCAUUUUACUCUAUAAUCUAUUUGGUUGGAUUGCCUAUGGUGUAUUAGCAGUGAAUUCAUUAAUCUCUGGUCAAUUAAUGCUGAAUCCAUUUUCAUAUUGUAUUAACACAACUACUGGCAAAAAUUGCUCAAGCAUUUCUACCGAAAGCGUAUAGUUAUGCAGAGAAACAAUUUAUCCAAUGGAAGAAAGUACAUGGCAAUACAGAUUAACAAUGUGAUUUGAUUUGUUUUUCUUUUUUUGGAAGAUAUGUUCGUAUAGUAUCAUUUUUUUUUUGGUGUUAUACACUAGUUAGACAUGAUCAUAAUAAUAAUGAUAAUAAUCAUAAA